AGAACAGAAAACGCAAGAAAGGAUGAAAAACAAUAAGAAAAGAACAAAGAAAUGGUGGGCAUUGCCUAGACCGUAGAAGUCCCACGAUAUGCAUCGACUAUCACUGCUAAUUACACUGAACCAAAUUAAGAGCAGCUGAUUAAUUACGUGAAAUUAUUAAUUCAUGGUGCUACUUAGCAUCCCAACUCUUCCCUCUUCAUACCCAACUCUCAAUAAUUACACCUUUAAUUAUCGCUCUCAGCGACAAAGCCAGAGCCAGAGCCAAAACCAGAACCAGAGACGAUGUGUUAAAAUUCAUAGUAAAGUUAUCCGAUGUGGGAUAGCGGAGCCAUCAGGGGAACCAGCACCAUUAGGACAGAAGACAAAAUACAAUGAUGGAUUGUUUGAGAAGGCAUUCAUGACUCUUUUUGCAAGGAAAAUGGAGAAUUUUGCGGCUAAGUCAGCGAGUAAAAAUGGUUCGCAGAAAGAGGAGAAGAAGAAGGGUUGGUUUGAAUAUGAUUAUGAUAGUUUUGUACAUGUAUCGAGAAAAGUAAUGCAAGGGAGGUCACGGUUGCAGCAGCAGCAAGUGGUUCGUGAGGUCCUCAUGUCAAUGCUUCCUCCUGGUGCUCCUGCUCAGUUUAGGAAAUUGUUUCCACCUACGAAAUGGGCAGCAGAAUUCAAUGCCGCAAUUACUGUGCCUUUCUUCUUCUGGUUAGUUGGUCCUUCUGAGGUUGUGGAAGUGGAGGUUGGUGGGGUGAAGCAGAAAAGUGGGGUUCACAUUAAAAAGUGCAGGUAUUUGGAGAACAGUGGAUGUGUAGGAAUGUGUGUGAACAUGUGCAAAAUACCAACACAAGAUUUCUUCACAAACGAAUUUGGACUUCCAUUAACAAUGAAUCCAAAUUUUGAAGACAUGAGUUGUGAAAUGGUGUAUGGACAAGUACCACCGCCAUUUGAAGAAGAUCCAGUGGCCAAGCAACCUUGUUUAGCUGAUAUAUGUACCAUUGCAAAUCCCAGCUCAAGUUUCUGUCCGAAACUCCAAGCCUAAUUAGGUGAAGAUGAGCGUAUUCAAUGAGCAUGACGGACCAAGUUUAGUAUAGUACAUAUCUUUUGCAUUCUAGUACACAAUUUACACCCAUAAAAGAGUAUAUAUAUGUUACUCCAUACAAAUGUAAGUGAAAAAAGUUAUUGGAAUGUGGAAUCCAUAAUCAUAGGGACGAGCGAUGUGAAUUCUCUAUGUUUUGAUGAACGAUUUUUACGAUAUGCUUCCUUAAAAUACAAAAAUUAAAUA